UCCUCCUCCAUAACCCCGGUACUCGACCCCGGAGAGUUGGACAUGCACCCUUCCAUUCCCUCUCUUGAACCCCCAUGCUCCCCAGCAAAGGCACCAGCACCGGACCGGCAUGAGACCUCCACCGUCCGUCGCAUCAUAUAUGACUAAAAGCUCUGGCUAUUGGUCCAGAUUGUUUGGACAGCCUGGAACCUGCCGGGCCCAAAAAGUUGACCGCUCUCGCAAAUCCGAGUCCGUGGGGUCAUCGCCCCGGGCAGGGGUUCGUUCGUUCGUUCGUUCCAGCAAAGGCCAAAGAACGGACGAACUCCUUACACCGCAGGUUCGGAUGGUUCCAUACAGCCCACUGGUGAUCGUGUUUCCUCCUCCGAUCGCCUCGCCUCGACGACACUCCGUCGCCAGAAGAACCUCGAGCCGGCUCUCUUCUUCCCUCUUCCCCACUCCUGCCCAGAGGAACAUCCCACCUAGACGGAAUGCCCGAGGCGACAGGCCUCGCCGUUGGUGCAUCCCACAACGGAAAGACGAGAAUGUUGGAGAAGGACAGGAUCCUCAGCACCAAGUCCUCUGCCCUUGCAAGGGUCCUGGCGGGUCCAAAAGAUGGUGCCUGCUGGUGCUUCAUGGGUGCGAAGGGUCUUGCGGGGGAUACCCUCCAAACACACACACAUACUAUGUACACACACACUCUCUCUCUAUCCUUUCCUUUUGCAUUCCUCUUCUUUCACUGCCUGAUACAUACACGCGUCAAGAUUCGUGGCAUUGUCAAAGAAGCUGCGCCGCCCGGCUGUUGCGACGCCGGACCACACCCGUGGCAAGCCCUUCACUCCUACCGUCGUAUCAAUUUGCACCGAGCCGAGUACGUCGCGCUCGGGAUCGUCGCCGGCGUCGGGAGACAUGGGCCGACGGCGUAGAGACAAACAACUCGAGUCGCGCCUGCAUCUCCAUCAUGGCUCGUCGCCUUCACCAGUCCCAGCUCGGAAAGUAUCCGCUGGCGAGUCAUUGUGUAAGUAGCACAAGGCUCACACUCACGCACACGCACACACACACAUACACAGGUGGGACUGCUCAAUCGAGUAGCGUUCCGUUCCAAAAAGGGAGCCGGCAAUUUCGAGACGCCAGAGAGAUAUCCAUACUGAGUGAGUGAGCCCACCACCCCCUCGGUUCGAGAUAUGAGGGGUCCGAUUCGAUUGGGAACCGUCCACAUCAACUCGCCCCCAUGGGUAAUCAUGUCUGCUUCGAGCCGUGGGCCUUGCCCUUUGCGGCCUCUCGCACAUUGUCGUUGGCUCGCCGCCAACGCGACGAUAUCGCCUUCUUCGUCCUCCACAGAACACGCCUCAGCGGCCAAGUCCCGUGCUGCAAUUUCACAAGC